ACGCAAAAGGAUCUGGCAGAGGUUUUUCCCCAUUCCCCUUCAAACUUGUUAAUUAACCUUUUGCGCAACUCCCCGUGUAGGAGGUUCAACAACCCCAAUUCAAGUCUCCCAGCACUCGACUUGGGCCGCCUCUGGUUCCACCGUCACGACCAUUGAAUCGUGCUCGACCUCCCCUCACUCGAUCGGCAACAUUUCCAGUUUUGCAGCAACCGAGCCUUGACAUUCCAAACGCAAACUAUCCUUCUUCCCACCUAUCCGCCCCGGUGAACGGCACAAUGCAGGAAAACGGCUCACACGAUCCUCCGUCGCCGACUUGGCGCGAGGACGCUCCCUACCUUCCCUUUUUGGACGAAGUGCGUGCAGCAGGCCAACAUCAACGAGCCAAUUCCUUUAUCUCAGAAGAGGGAACAUCGUUAGGGAGACGUCUAAGUUCUCGUGGCCGACGCAGUCUAAAUCGUCUCAAAGCUACUCUGAACUUGGGUAGCGAGGACUCGUCAGCGUCUUUGAGUGCUGAUAAUGACGCUCAUUCUUCUCAUUCUGCAAGUACAAGCAAUACCGCUGUGCACUCGGAUGGACAAGAAAUUGAUCCAGUCACUGGUGUUGCGUUUGCAAACGAGAGGGAUAAUGCAGACUUCCAUCGCGCAUAUCCCAGCAUUGAUGAUACUGAUCGGUUAAUCGAUGAUUUUGCUUGUGCGUGGAAUAAGGAAGGUCUCUUGAUCCAAGGACGCAUGUGGAUUUCUCAGCGUCACGUAUGCUUUAAAGGCUGGACGCAAAGCUCGCACAUUUGUAUUCAGCUUGCCAAAGUGAAAAGCAUUGAAAAAAGGAACAUUGCCCUCGUCAUUCCAAAUUCCAUGGAAAUAGAAACGGAGCGCGGAAAGUAUUUUUUUGCGAGUUUCUUUAAUCGAGAUACCACCUAUGACUUGCUCACCAAGCUGUGGAGAAACAAUAUGUCAUCAACCAGCUCACGGGAUUCUGCGGACGACGAGAUCGACGAAUCUUGUACCUGCGACGGCUUGGGUACAUGUGAAUCUUGCUUCACAAAGGCUAAAUUAAACGGACGCCGCGGGAGCGAGGAUGCGCGAGGGAGACCGCUCUUGCGUAAGCUGGGAAUUGGCCAAAGGGACAAGUCAUCCACCUCCGAGAACGCUAGCACCGAAUCAUCGCCACAAAUCUCUUCUGUAGCCAAAGCUGCUGAAGUUGGCUCCCCCAUUCUCACCCUUACCACCGCCGAAGGUGAAAACAUUGCGCCUCCGACGCCGCCAGACAGUCCACCCCGUGCAAGAUCCGAACAGCCCGCUGCACAAUGUCAAUGUGGCGAGGAGCACAGAAGAAUGAGAACAAUAUUAGACAAUACAUAUCCUGUGCGAGUUGAAGAUUUGUGGACAAUGUGGUUCUCACCCAAGAGUGAUGACGGCGACUGGUAUGGACGUUUUUUGGUUCAUAAUCGCAAAGUCAAAGAUUUGGCGAUUGGCCCAUGGGUGGCGCCUGAUGAUGUGUCGGAGGCAAAACCGCUGCCCAUACCUUCUGGGAAUUCCGCAUACAGUCCGUCGAUGGCUGACGCUGAAGUUGGCUGGCAUAGAAAAUUGGAAUAUAUCAUGCCCCUCACCGGGCCGAUUGGGCCUAAACAAACUAAAUGCAUUGUCGACGAACAAAUUGUUGCCAAACAAGAUGGCGCUAUUUGCCUUCAAAGUCGCGCCGUAACCCCCGAUGUCCCUUCAGGACAAGCAUUCCACGUCAUCACUCGAAUCUGCCUCCUUCACACCCCACCAGCCAGCACUCAUGUCGUCGUAUCCACCGAAGUCGUUUUCACGAAAUCCUCCUGGAUCCGUGCAGCUAUUGAAAAAGCUACACCAGAAGGACAGUCAAAAUUUUUCAAAGAACUGGAUUUGGCUUUUACUGCCGAAUUCACCAAAAAGCAUGCCCAUAAAAAACACAUCAAGAAACCAGUGCAUCAUACGAUCAUAAAGUCCCACUUGAGAGGGCAUUCGCCCUCGCCUUCCCCAUUUACCCCCUCGUCAUCAUUACCGCCAGAAAGGCAAGAACAACCCAACCAGCAUGUUAUUCCUUUGCUGUCUGGCUCCUCCUUGGAACCCAAUUUGACGUUUAUGGUGUUUGCUGUUUUGAUUGUAGCCGUUUUGUUGUCUUUGAGUAUGCAAGCUGUUGCAUUGUACAAAGUUGUUGGGAUUUUGGAAAAGGUGGAAGCAAGAGUUGGAGAGGCGUGUGGGAGGGUACUGUAACCAUAGUCCUAUAGAAGUUUUUUGUAGCAUAGUCGCAAAGUUUUGUUUUUCUGCCUACAUGUUUCUUGACUUGUUUUAUUUUUGGCCAUAAAGAAAAAACAACCAGUGUUACCUUGCUGUUUGUGCAAGCAGGAGAGCUAUAUUUACAACAAACGCUCCAAAAUGACAAAC